AUGGCCGGGAGUGGAAUGGGAGGAGGUGGUGAAUCGUCUGCAAACGGCAACCAUGCUCCUUUGGGAACCGAGUACACUCUACAGGGUGUAAUGCGCUUUCUCCAGACCGAGUGGCAUCGCCAUGAACGAGAUCGGAACGCCUGGGAAAUUGAGAGGGCGGAGAUGAAAUCAAGAAUAGCUCGGCUGGAAGGCGAGGCUCGAACAGCGAAACGACUACAUGACUCCUUAGGAAAACAUGUCAAGAUAUUGGAAAUUGCUUUAACGAAGGAACGAGAAAGGGUCAAAAACCUGAGCAAAGGGGAGAAGAUUGACAUCCAGCGAGAUCCAAAGGAUGUUGCUAGAGAAGAGCUGAAAGCGAUGGGCAAGGAACCACCGCUGAAAGGGGUACGUCUCCUGGACCCUGACAUAGUCGAAGACGACCCGCUUUAUCAAGGACUCCGGCAAGAUGCGGAGAGGGAAAAAUCGAAGACCUAUCUAGCGAAGUGCUCUGCCGAGAUCACAUACCAUGUCAUGCCAGCAACUCACCCACCUCCCGAGUUGACGGAACAAGACCUCUCCAACCAUGUCCUUCGAGACCAACAACCGCCUCAAUCUGUGUUGCAGGAUCCCUAUGUCCAUCAGCCUCAGCCGCAACAUCCACAACAACAACAGCAACAACCACACCCAAAGCAGCACCACAGGAAUAACCAAGUAGGCGUACGAGAGAGUGCAAUCAGUAAUCAGCAGCCACUUCUACCUUCGUUUAAAGAAAAUGUAAGCUCGGGCAGGUCAAAUACUCAGAUCAAUCAUACUGUGUUGCCUCUCCGUGAGCCGGCAGAACGAAGAACUCAGGAACAGGCUCCUACUCCAUUGACCGCAAUCGACGGACGAAAUCCUCUGUUCGAGCAGCAGGCACCGAUUGAAGAGCCUGCCGAGCCGGUAUCGCACAGCUACGAUGCUUACGGAAAGCAGAUACCGACUGCAGAAGAGCAUGAAGUUCCUAGAACAACGGAGGAAUCACGAAACGAAUCAUCAGAUGGCUGGAAUUUUGAUGAUGAUCCGCCCACAUACCCGGAUCCUCCUCCAUCAGACAUUCCCCCUCCUCACCGUCCCGACACAGAUGCUUUCCCAAGCGCCAAUCUUGCUGCACCCAAAUCCCCACCUCGGCUUGGAUCACAUCGGAGAAAGAGCUCAGGAGCAGCGAGACGGAGAAGUGAAGGCAACAAUGAAGCACGCCAGCUGUCUGUGGACCAGAAAGCCGACACCACGACAUUUAAGGUUCGCUUUGCUUUAAGAGGCCAUCUUGAUGUGGUACGCUCCGUCAUUUUCACUGGCGGUGGCAGUCCAUCGGAGCCUGAGAUAUGUACCGCUGGGGACGAUGGAAGCAUUAAGCGCUGGAUCAUUCCUGCAUCAAGCUAUGGUUCCCAAUCCGCUGCAUCAGGAAACGACCUCGACAUCACAAGCUAUUUUACACAUCGGGGGCAUGGUGGAGCAGUCACCGCGCUGGCUUCAUGUCCCGCGUCUCCGAACUUCUCCAACGGAGGUCGAGUUCUGGGGGACGGUUGGAUAUUUUCCGGGGGGCAAGAUGCCAGUGUCAAGGUGUGGGAACGAGGCAGGGUCGAUCCGAAGGCUACGCUGGACGGCCACACCGAUGCCGUUUGGGCUCUUUGCGUGCUCCCAGGCUCGUGUGGCUCCACCCUGGGCGAUCGAAGCAGCUCCUUUGGCGGCCCGGACCGAAUACUACUCGCCUCGGGGGGCGCAGACGGAAGCAUUCUGAUCUGGGCCGUAAGUGCUCCGCCACAACUCUCGUCACCGCACUCUGGCUCCAAUCGAGGCACCAGGAGCAGCCGAAGAGCAAAUUCCGUUUCGGCGGGCUCGAAUUUCCCUUCUUCGCCACAACCAAGCACAGCAACAUCUACACCUUUUCAUUAUAGCCUCGUGCAUCAUAUUGUACGAGGCGAUUCUCCUUCUCCGACCUGUAUUAGUCCGCUUUCGGCUCUGGGCGAGACUUUUGUUGUCUCAUACACAGACGCCUCAAUCUUGGUAUUUGACACACGCUCUGGUGAGGAGGUUGUAGGAAUGGCCAGCUUAGAGACUUAUGAUGGUACGCCUUCGACAGGCGUGAACUCGGUGGUUGCCAGCACAAUGGGUUUCGAUGGGACCCUGAGUCUCGAUCCUAGUCGAGGACUUUCCGAGGAAGAUAGUAUCGUACAUGGCGCAACUGGUUCAAGAGGCGGUGUAGAGGGUGUGAUCAUCUCCGGAUACGAGGAUCGUUACAUCCGAUUCUUCGAUGCCAACAGCGGACAAUGCACGUACACAAUGCUAGCGCACCCUUCAGCAAUCUCGUCUCUGUCUCUUUCUCCAGAUGGCCGUGAACUUGUGUCAGCUGGUCAUGAUGCCAGUCUUCGAUUCUGGUCCCUCGAAAAAAGGAGUUGUACUCAAGAAAUUACCAGUCAUCGGCUGAUGCGUGGAGAAGGGGUCUGCUCCGUCGUCUGGAGCCAGGAUGGCAGAUGGGUAGUCAGCGCCGGUGGGGAUGGUGUGGUGAAAGUCUUCACCCGGUAG